CACCGCAAAUCCAUUAAGGUCAUAAUUCAGAACAUAAUAUCUAUACAUAUGACAGAAAAAAAUCAUAGUGACGAAAUGCUAACGAAACAUUACGUAUAGACUGAUUGCCUGCACAGUGAUAUUUCGAAAUCCAACCGUGACAUGUUGCCGACAUAGCUAUUUUUGAUUAUGUGUCAUCGUUCUCACACUGUCAACUAAGUACUGUCGGAGUAAACUCCAGAUUCACAACACCGCGAUUAUCUGGCCUCCGAUCACGUGAACAUUUUUCACUCGUGUGGUUGUAUCUUGUCUCAGCCUAUCCAGUAUUUGGUUCACUCUCAUUCACACGCUUCGUAGUAAAUGUGUUUAGUUAAAAAUCUAGUAUAUGUGAGCGACAGCGUAUUCAUUAAAUAGAAUAUCUUUGGUUAUUAUAUAUCCGGAACUUGACGAUUGAUUGGAAUUAGAAACGAAAUGCUGGACCAAUUUUCCGGAUCUGACAUGUACACUAACAGCAUGGAAAUGUCAGAUUUCGGCGACCUGUUGGACAUCUUGGAAUUGACUUCCGAGGAAGACGCCUUGUUCCUGAAGGAGGAAAUGAUUGGUACUACCAUUGAACACCAGAUGGAUGUAGCCGAUAUACUGAAUAUAACAAGUGAGAAGCCAACUAGUCCAGACUCUACCACCCCACAAGUACCGCCUUCACCCCUUCUGCCACCCUGCAGGGUUUGUAGUGAGAAAGCGUCCGGGUUUCACUAUGGAGCAAACACAUGCGAAGCAUGCAAGGGCUUCUUUAGAAGAAGUAUUGUUAAGGUCCAGAACAACAAGGAGCAGUACAAAUGUCUCGGGGACGGCAAGUGUAACAUCAAGCCGGGCAAGCGCAGUGCAUGUCCUUUGUGUCGAUAUAAGAAGUGUUUGGAGGUGGGAAUGUCUCAUGAAGCGAUCAAGACAGGACGUUACACAUACGAGAAGCGUACGCGCGACACACAAGAGGUUAAAAAGUUACAAUCACAGAAUAAUUCUGUCGAUCAUCGAUCGGAAUUGGACUUAAACGAUGACGAAGCUUUGGCUAUCAUCGAACCAAUGAUGGAAGUCCAGAAAAGAUACUGCCCUCUGACCAGUCUAGACCCUGAUAUGAAGUUAGAGCUACAAAAACGACAGGAGAUUAUAUAUGACCAAUAUAAAUCCCGAUUAGAACUGUUCGGAACGAUGUCAACACUUCCGCCGGAUGUUCACCAAGAGUUCAAAGAACUGACAGGCAUCGACUUGGACAAUCGUGAGGAAUUAAUGUCGAACAUUGCCCGUCAGAUGGAGCAUGGUCUGCGGAACAUGGUGGAGCUUGUUCGUCUCAUACCCGGUUUUCCUGAACUGUCUGUCGAAGACCAGACUAGUUUAAUCAAAUCAAGCCAUUUUGAAUUCUGGAUUCUAAUGGAGUUCCGAAUGAUCAACCCGGAGCUCUCGGUGGUGAGUGGAUGUAUCAAUGCACACAAGGAUGAUUUCUCGAAACUGUUUGCAGCAGACCACACAGAUGAAGUUUUUAACUUUGCUAAAACUUUACAUGCGUUGAAUAUGAACACAGAGGAAAUUGUUCUGCUUCGUGGAGUGGUGGCAACAUUCAGAGAUCGGUGUAAACUUCAGGAACCAGAGAAAGUGGAGAGAAUCCAAUGGAAAUUGCUAAAUUGUAUCCGAUGGUUGGCAAGGAAAAAUAAUAUCAAUCCUGAUAAGAGAAUACGUGUUUUACUAGAACGGUUGACUGCUUUACGGACCCUGACGGAGUACAGUUACAAACUGAAUAAGAUCAAAUCAGAUUGGCCUGUAAUGUCCAAGCAUCCUCUUCUACUGGAUUUAAUGAAGAGUAUGCCAGCGUGAUACAUCUUUGAUAGGGAUGCAUAUCAGUUGAGGAAAUGUUUCAACAAAAUAUACUGAUUUGGAAGAUUGACUUUGUUUGAAGUACACCGACAUUUGGAAUUGUUGACAUGUUGAACAACCCGAGAAAAUAUUUUGGUUUGGUGGAACAUCUCGCCGAGAGAUUAACCGACCUAAAAUAAGUCUCUCUGUGAAAUUGGCAUUGUUUUUUAUUUGCGUGUGUAGGACUGUUUGUAAGAUACUGAUGUUUCAGAGGUGAUCGUUUCCAGUUGAACGGAAAUGAUAUAAAAGUUGAAAAAUGUGAAGACGUCAAUUACGAUUCGACAAUUUCGCGUAAGCCUUGUGCCUGUUACUGCGCUACCAAUAUGGAAAUCUUUUGGAGUAGCCAUUGGAUAUCAACAGUAAUCGAACCAGUAUUUGUCAACACUUUCAUGCUUCUGUGAUUUGAUUUUCAAAUGUGUGUAAAGGAUGUCAUGGAUGCUACAUGUGUGAGGUUACAUUUUGUUGUGGAUGUUGAAGUUGAUAUGCAUUUGAUACUGUUUUUCCGACACUGCAGAUAUAGGAAACGCCAUCAAAAUUACAAACACUUUUUUCUAUACUUCAUUUCUAUUUACAUGUCAUACUGUUUAGGGUUUCCCGAUUCCUUUUUUGCAUGCCUCUAUGAUAACGAACACCACUUCGAAAUGAUUAUGUGUUGGUUUGUUUUAAAUAUUACGAUUUCGAUCUUGCACCCAUGCAUUCGAAUAAACUGAGGUUUUUGUAAAGGUGAAAUAUUUAUUAAAAUUAGCCAUAUAUUAUUUUCUGAGGAACAACUUCAAUAUAAGCAGAUAUACACUAUAUAUUUAAAUACCUUGUCUUCAGGUUGGUAAAUAUACAUAUUACAACUUCUUACAGUACAAUCAAUUACAUUUUCAUUGACUAAUACGAUUCAGUCAAAGGACUAGUUAAAUACAUGUACACUUCACGUGCGUAUUAACUAGGUUCGAGGUGAAUAUUUAAUGGCCAAGGCAAGUGGUUGACAAAGAGAGCAAUCUGUUUAGGCGAAGAUAAAGUACGCCAUCUGGAUACGCCGCAGCUCCCCACUGAUGAAUCGAGACGAGAACCUAUAGAAUCUUGCAGAUUAAAGAACAGGAACUAAAUAACUUGUACUAUAAUCGACUUCACGGUGCCACAUUCAUCUCUUGUAUUGUUACAUGUGUGUACAUGUAUUUUACGAGUUAUUUGUCUGAUGAAGGUGACUAAGUAUGCAUCAUAUUAUUUCAUCGAAAUGUUGCACAUAGAUAAACAAGAAUGCAUUUAUUUUGUUUUUUAAUGCAUAUUAUCCUUAUACAGUAAUUAAUUUGUAAAUACGUUAACGUUUCUUAACGAGGUAUGAAACUUGUCCGACCUUCCAUUGUUCUACGUUGACGUUUUCGAAAAUAAUUAACUCCCUUUCUGUAAACAAAUGUCGAUUGGUGUACUUGUUGUGAGGUAUCGGUCAUAACGGUACAUUGUAGGUGUGUGUGUACUCAUAUUCAGACCAUCCUUAAGCGAUAGUUUUGGAAUUCUGGCCGAUAUACUUUUAUUUGCGUGUUAUGGAAUUGACAAUAGUUAGUUUCCUUCUAAAAGGAUUCAUGACAGUAUUUGUUCAGGGUAAGAAAAGUAAAAAAGUUUGUAUGAUAAGGCGAUUACUCGAACCUAACGACAUGCCCACGUUGGUUCGGUAUGUUAUCAACACUAACCGACCAUAAGUCAAACGCCAACAACCUAGACGAUGUGAUUACGACUAUGGAGCUUACAUAAUCGGGCUAUUUAAUCUGCCAUUAGCGUCGUCGUCCAAUGAUUUACAUAUUUGUGUUGCGGUGAUGUCAAACUCCCAUACAAACUAGUGAAAUAAUCACAGUGUUAUUGUGGGGAAUACUGUACUAGUCCCAACUGAAUUUACUAAAGAAAAAAUAAAUAUUUUUCACGCUGCAGUAUAACAAAUGUUGGUAUAAUAUAUAUUAUUGUUCAUUAUUGCAUAAUUUGUUUCUAUUAGUUUAUAACUGCUGUUUGUGUAAAGUAUGUAUCUAUAAAUUUGUUUGCUAUCGAUCUUUUUUCUCAAAGAAAGGGAAAUAACUAUGGCAGAUCGUCUCAAAGUAAGGUGUACAACUACGGCGAUCCUCAAGAAAACACGGCAGCUUGGCUAGGUAGUUAUGUUCAAUCACAUUGUUAUUUUUGUUUUCCUUUCUGGAUUUAUAAGUUAUCUUGCAUAGAUGAAGCUUCAGGUAAUUAUGACAACUGAUUGCCGUGCGCUAUGCUUGUGUAUUAAUCAAUAUCUAAUUGGUCUGCUUUCAUUUCAUUCGAUAAUAAUAAAAAAAAGAUACACAUAUAUAACUUAUGUAAUGUUGAUGAUGGUUUGUAGCUUCCUACCUGGGAGUAAAAAAGUACUGGUAAUGUCAUGUACUUCACUUUUAAACCCUUUCAGGAUGUGGGCAUUUUUUGUUGGUAGUUCUACAGUAGCAGCACCACAUUUCACAGUGGGUCAUUAUGUUCGUGCGUGUAUAUAUACUCCUGCUUGGAAGAAGUAAACGCGACGUUAGGGACCAUUUACACGUUUACAAUAGUUGUGUGAUAACGAAAUUCAUUAAAUCUAGUAUAUACCUUUGUAGACGGGAAUUGGAUAUAGUUUUUGAUAUCGUACGCCAAAUCGCCAAAUUGAUCGUACGGCUAGCACUCGCUCAUCUAGAUUCCUAUAAUCCCUGAGACCCUUCUAUCUAAUUUUUAUUUAUCAAUACAAAAGUUGAACAAGUUUUCUCAAUUUGUGUUUGCGAAGUCGAUUUCUCGUGACUAUAGAUACACAAUCUCGUGAACAAUUAUUCACAUAUAAGUUGUUUACAAUGGUGCUCGAGCAUCGCCAGUAUAAUAAUGUAUACUUAUCUCGAAAUGAUAUAUAUUUUACAAUCAUGAAAACAAUACGGAUAUUUUAUAUAUACCGGCGUAUUUGAAAGACGGCAAUUUAUAUAUAUAUAUAUAUAUAUAUAUAUAUAUAUUAUGAUAACUGCCAUUAAGUAUUGCUAAAAGGUAAUGUCUCGGAAAUAUGUAGCAUCCAGUGAUGAAUAUGCAUUUUUAAUUGAAACCAUACUGAAUACAACUGUAAGGUUGAUACCAGAAGUGUGAGUUGGAAUAUUUUAAAUGUUCAGUUUAUCUCAAAGUUUUAUCGUAGUGUGUCAUUAGGAAUACAAACUAAACGAAUUUUUUUCGACGGCAUCUCAUGUUUAUUGAUGUCUGAUAUUUUGACUAUACGGCACUGCAUUAUGCAAAUGCCUCAAACAUACCUAUACACGUACAGUAUCUUACAAAGCCUUGUAAAGCAUUUUAUUUUCUAUUUAGUUGUUAUAGGGACCGUUUUAUGAUUGAUAUAUCCUCGAUACUCCAGGGGUUACGCUCACUUACCCUCUCUACAACCCUGGAAUAUGUCAGUGCGCCCGAACUUGUUGAUGAUCUAUAAACUAGUUUGAUCCUUUGAUGUACAUCAAAAGAAUACCGCGGCAUCGUAACGGUAAUAUUGACUACUAAUUGUUUACAUGAAGUACUAGGUCUAGAUGGCGACUAGAUCUCCUAGAAGAGGUGAAAGUACUGAAGACUCGUUGUUGAGAAUUUUUAUUUUUUUAAGAAUAUUUCUUCGUCCGUAAGGAUCAUUUUUCUGCAUUUAUAAUAUGUAUAUACAUAUAUAGUUAGUAGACUUGAUAUGUCACCAGGGCAUUACCUGUCACUAGGUUGUCAAUUACAUUUUUAGCAUGUAGUAAUACGACUAGGGCAGUUAACGCCUUCCUUUUGUGUAGGUGUGUGGUUUAGAGUUACCUUGCCGUGUCACUAAAAUAUCGACAACAGAAAUAUACACAAGGCGACAUCUCGACCUAGUACUUCAUGUAAACACUUAAGUGUGUAUGUAUACAAAUAUAUUAAUGUUAUUCCAACAACACAUAACCGGAGACGUUUUUGAUGUACAUGUAGGAGUCGGAGUGAUUGCACCGCCAUUAUGUUAUAUAAGACGCUCACCUCCUCCCGCAAAAUUGAUUGUUAUUAUUUUGGCUUAAUAUUCUCAGCACUUAUUUCUGAAAGAGUACAGGUAAUGAAAUAGUCCUUAAGUCCAAUCAUUCUGUGGAUAUUUUGUUUACAAGUGAUGUCACCGGUUUGCCUUAUUAUAUACGGUUAUUUUUUAGAAGCCGUUAUGAUAAACAAGAUUGCUUUAGAACUUGUAUUAUAAGCUUCUUGUUAAUUCCUUUAUCCAGAAAAGAGCAGCCUUAUUUUUAACUGCGUCAAUUUCAAAGUACAUGUGUAAAUUACAAAUAGAACUACAUAUUAAAAAUAACAUCUAAAUGCAAUCUUGUUUCGUUUUGCCACGCCUUUGAAAUGACGAUCGCUGUAAUAGAAAAGCAAUAGAAAUACAAAACAUAAACAAAUAAACACUUACUUAUGAUUUAGUAAGUCGAUGUGAAAAAAUAGCAUAGUAAUAUUUAUUUUAAUGUUUAAUAUACAGUACAACUUUAAUGUGUCCUCUUUUCCUUCCUGUUCCUGGGCAAUUCCUCUAUUUCCUUUCUCCAUGUAUCACCAAACGACUUUUUAACACAAAUACUGUUCUUGACAAAUGAUGGCAAUCACUGCGGUUUCCUCUCUUGUAGAUUAAAAUGAAUCCUGACAUUGAACAAAACUAUUAUGGUAAAGACUAACAGCUUUAGAGCUGUAACUCCGACGAAGAAGAGUAUUUUAUCAGCAAUGUUUUGCCUCGUUGUUGUUUGGUUAUUCCCUGUAGCAACGAGUUAUAUUUGAAAGACAAUUAUAACGUCCUUUCACCACAAAAGCAUCUCGAUCACGGGAUUUGAUCCCCCGACUUCGUGAUCGUAAUAACUGUAUAGUUUACAUUAUACUUCAGGUCAUGUUAUUUGUUAUGUUAAAGCUUUCUUCAAUAUUACAAGGAAUACAGAAAAAUUGGUAGGGCUCUCUUCUUUAAAAACAAACAAUUGUUUAGUGAAUAUUAUGUUAGUUGAUACAUAGAAUAUCUUUUAUUUGAGUUGUUGUGAUAUGCUUAUUUAAAUACAGAAUUCCUUGUUAUGCAUUUAAUGUCUGUUUGUUGUAUAGUUGUUUCUUGUUGAAGCUGUCCGAAGUACGGAAGCCAAUCCACCCAGAGAUAAGGGAACUAUUUGCGAAUACUGUACAUAUUGUUUUCAAUGAAGUGUUGCAGUAGUUCUUGUUUUAGAAAGAGAUUUAUUUUAACGAGAAAAAAAUAUUUCAUAUACAUAAUGAUGUGUGUAUCUCUUUGUGGGAAAAUAAAUUCACCCAAAAUGUCA